CUUGUCUGUUUACACCAACAUGUGUUUCCUUAUACAGAUUGGCCUCAUGUCGGUCUCACAGAUCACUCCCAGCCUGUUCCUCAGCGGGGCCGACGGACCCCUCAACGCCGCACUGGUGUCACAGAAGGGCAUCACCCUCAUCGUCAACGCCACGAUAAACCAUGCCUGCCCCGCUUACCCGGGGGUGGAGUGCGUGCGGGUUCCAGUCUCCGACCUGCCCAGUGCCCGCCUCGGAGACCACUUCGACCGAGUGGCAGAGCGUAUCCAUGGCAACCGUGCUGGGGGCACACUGGUGCACUGCGCUGCCGGUAUGAGCCGCUCACCGGCGUUGGUGAUGGCGUACCUGAUGCGUUACAGAGGGGUGACGCUCCGCCAGGCGCACCACUGGGUCCAGGAGAGCCGACCCUACGUCAGGCUGAACGCCGGUUUCUGGGACCAGCUGCUGCAGUACGAGAGGAGGCUGUAUGGCAAGAACACCGUCAGAGUGGCAGCCGUCGAAGAGGCUCCACCGCUGACGCCGAGACUGACGAGGUCGGUGCUGCCGCCGCCGCAGACGAGCUGGUUAACACUGGUACACAGGUCACCGCUGAUGACACGGGCAUCACUGACAUUACGAUCACAGGUGAUGACGCCAGCAACCAAAACCAGCAGCGUCAAAGUCUGAGCAACCGUGGAUUAACAAACACAUCUGAACGUUCUCCCUCGUAACCCUGCGCCUACAUUACCCACAAUGCAACUCAACCACUCAGAGACACCACCCUGACCUCCACAGCCUCAUGCUACGUUCAGUUUGCGGUUGGUGAGAUUCUUUCAGAUGGAACUCACCUUUACCUUAAACCUCAGUGAACGACUCCAGCAGUUCAUGUACAUCUAGUCUCUGUUGACCUGCAGUUUGACCUGACAUGACUUCAUUUUUUUGUUAAGUUUAUUAUUAUUAACUUUAAUAAAGUUUCUGUCUGUCAGCAACCACCAGACAGUCCAAAAUGGACGAAGCUAUUGCAGCUUAUUAGCUCAGAGUAUAAACUGCUCUACGACUGGUUUGCAAUCAGCAACAGUGUGCUGAUUGCUUCCACUACGUACUACGUUCCCAGUCGGUGGGUAUGUUAGCCAUUAGCUUGCCAGGUAGAGUAGUUUACCAACUCGCCGUGGAAGAGUUCUCUGGCACCGACUCUUUUGAGAUGAAUUUUCUGAUCACUUUCUGGUGUGAGCUGCCUGAAGAAGUUUUCAUUAAUCACAGAAAAAUGUACUUUUGUUACUUCAGUUUCUGGAUCCGCAAUCUCCAGAUCAUCUCCUGAAAACAGAGUUUAAAUAUUUGGGACCUUAUUGAUUAAAACAUCAGAAACUCAGUUUAUCAAGUGUUUUGGAUUUCUUUGCUCAUAAGAGGAGUUCCUGAAGGAGUCAAAACCAGGUUCUGGUUUCAUAAGGACUCUGAUUCGGGCUUCAAUCUUUUAGGGAAACAAACUUUCAGACUUCAGAGUUGAUCUGUGUAGUUCUUCAUUCGGACUGAGUUUCUGUGAUCUGAUAGUGAGUCUGAAUGUUUCUACCACAUAUAAAGACUGACAACACAACGUUAGCUUGUGCAGCUAAUGUUAGCUGACUCAGUCCCGGGGUGCAAGGAGCCAAACCCGGCAAGAGCUAACAGCCCCUUUAAUUAUUUUAUUUUAUUUCACCCCAUUUUAUCUGCAUUAUUGUUAGUGUUGUUUGUUAUUUUAUUUCAUUAUUUUUCCCUCCCGUGUCCUCUAAUGAAUGUAUGUGUGACUGUGAGGCAGGGGGGCAGGGACCAGGACCUGGUGGGGCCGAGGGUGGGUUGUAUGACUGUUUACACUGCUGGCUGUUUCUAAAAACUAUUUCUGUGCAAAAACUAAUAAACUGAUUUGGGAAAAAAAUUGUAAAAAGAAAAAAAAGUGAAUGUUUUAAUUGAAUGAACGUACACAGACGAGAAUAAAAGGACUGGACUGAGUUUGUGAACCACUUUGUGAAA